UGCUGCUUUAACAAUAGGCCGAGUUUAAAAGAGGUCCGCUGUUCAUGACGAGGCUUCCCCCAGAAUGACAUCUGAAGGAGUGCAACAGGGAUGGACAAUUUCAGGGUUCGCCGUCAAAUUUACAGAUUUGGAUUUUUUUAGUUGACGCAGACGCCCAGAGGUUGUCCUUCUAUUGGGGUUUUUGCUUCUUUGCGUGUGUUUUGGCUGGAUGCAAAAAUGUGCACAACUUGAAUCCCGUGUUCUCCUCUCCACCGUGUCGUUUUUGAGAAAUACAGCGCAGUGCGCUUCUCUACUGUACACCUGACCUGUGGACUUAUUCAUAACCGACUGUGGAUUUCCACACGGAGAGUGAAUGCCAUUUCAGUUCGAUGCUGUUGAAAAGCAAAGAUUUUAGACUCCAGUCAAACGAGUCAUUAAAGACGGACACAGGUGUUGUUUACACUGGAACACUCCGGACGAUGGUUCACUGCACCAGCUGUAAGAAGCCCAUUUCCGACAAGUUCCUCCUCAAAGUGUUGGACAGUCCUUGGCACAUCAAAUGUGUCCAGUGCUGCGACUGCAAGUGCAGUCUGACAGAGAAGUGUUUCUCACGAGAGGGAAAGCUUUACUGUAAGAACGACUUCUUUAGGAGAUUUGGGACUAAGUGUGGCGCCUGUGCGCAGGGGAUUUUACCCAGCGACCUCGUCCGCAGAGCCAGGAGCCGAGUGUUUCACCUCAGCUGUUUCACCUGCGUCAUGUGCCACAAGCAGAUGUCCACAGGAGAGGAGCUCUACAUCCUGGACGAGUUCAAGUUUGUUUGUAAGGCGGACUAUCACCACAAUGACGACAACAACAACAACAACAACGAGGAUGACGACAGUCGAAACGGCGGGAAAGACACAAUCCUUCUCUCAGUGACGACAUCCAGCGACCUCAGUCUGUCCCCAGAGUCACAGGACCCGCAGGACGACGGGAAGGACUCGGAGACGGGACAAUUGUCCGAUAAGGACGUUUGCGGCAACGACAACGACGAGCAGGAGCCCGCGGGUAAGAGACGCGGCCCGCGGACAACAAUAAAAGCCAAGCAGCUGGAGACACUGAAGGCGGCGUUCGCUGCAACGCCGAAGCCCACCAGACACGUCAGGGAGCAGCUGUCGAGGGACACGGGCCUCAGCAUGAGGGUCAUCCAGGUUUGGUUUCAAAACCGGAGGUCUAAAGAGAGACGCAUGAAGCAGCUGAGUGCAGUGGGGUCACGAAGGCACAUGUUCUACAGGAGCCCAAGGAGAAUGAGAGUCCUGGGAGAGGGAAUGGAGCCGGGAGAACUGGGACCACUCCCUUACUAUGGGGACUAUGACGAGUACCAGAACGGAAACUUUGAGUACUUCCCAGCCCUGCCAUCGUCCCAGGCUCAGACGCCCGCUGACCUGGGCUUCGUGCCUUCCUCCAUCCCUGGAGUUCUAGACCACCACCUACACCAACACCAUCAGGGCCACCACUUUGUAGGAGAGCUGCAGUACUUCUCUGACACCACCGUGUCUCAUCACCCAGAGGACUCACCCAGCCCAGAGCCCAGCGAGAUGUGCGGUCACGGUAUGGCCUACACCCAUGUGCCACGGGGCGACAGCAUCUUUUCCAACCAGUUGUCACAGCCGCCAUCAGACGUGAGUGAAGGCACCAUCUGGUAAUGAUCUACAGUGAGGACGAUGUGAAAAC